AUGUCUAGAUUUGCCACUAUCAAAAGAGAUACAAACGAAACGAAGAUCCAGAUAGCUCUUUCUUUAGACGGAGGCCACAUAGCUGUCGAGAAGUCUAUCUUUCCUGAUAAGGUGACCGACGACCAUGCUACGCAACAGAGUCUGUCACAAGUCAUCCUGGUUCAGACUGGCAUUGGCUUUUUGGACCAUAUGUUGCACGCUUUGGCCAAACACUCGGGCUGGUCUCUUAUUGUGGAGUGUAUUGGCGAUUUGCAUAUCGACGACCAUCAUACUGCCGAAGACGUUGGUAUAACGUUAGGUCUUACUUUCCAUAAAGCCUUGGGCCAAGUCAAGGGCGUGAAGAGAUUCGGCUCAGGAUUUGCUCCUUUGGAUGAAGCUUUGAGCCGAGCUGUGGUUGACUUGUCUAACAGACCAUACGCCGUGGUGGAGUUGGGCUUGAAGCGUGAGAAGAUUGGUGACUUAUCAUGCGAGAUGAUUCCCCACGUUCUUGAGAGUUUUGCUCAAGGUGCUGCUAUUACAAUCCACGUUGACUGUUUAAGAGGCUUCAACGAUCACCACAGAGCAGAGAGUGCGUUUAAGGCAUUGGCUGUUGCAAUGAAGGAGGCUAUCAGUAAGACGGGGUCCACGGACGUUCCUAGCACGAAAGGUGUUUUGUUCUGA